UCGUUAAAAGUACUUUCCGACAAACAUGGCUGCGCCCAUGAAGCAGAGAAGAGAGAAGUGCACAUUAAAGAUUUGCAGGAAUUCUUGUGUUUUAGAUGACUAAAUAUCGUUAUUCAAUGAUGGCCAUAUGGAAGCAGAUUCAACAAUUUUCCAGUUUAUCUGGAUGUAAUAUUCAUGUGAAAAAAUUACGGUCAGCACAAACUUUGCAGAGUCUUCAAUGUUUAUUCAAAAGGACAUUUUCAGUUAGGGAAAGCUGUGAUGUGAAGACUUUAGAUAUUCUUGGCAGCACCUACGCCACUGAUCAAACCACAAAUGUUACUCCAAAAAUAUUGGAAAAGAUUGGCAAGAACUUGCAUUGCAAGCACAAUCACCCCUUAAAUUUGAUAACCAGACGAAUUGAAAAUUACUUCAACAACAACUUUAGAAAUAAUUGGCGUGCUCCAAUGUUUAGUAAGUUUGAUCGCCUGAGUCCAGUCGUGACCUUGACUCAGAACUUUGACACUUUACUGGUACCCCCUGACCAUCCCAGCCGGGCACUGUCCGAGAGUUACUACCUGAACUCUACUUACAUGUUGAGAGCCCACACUUCAGCCCAUCAGAGUGAUCUGAUAAAAACAGGACUGGAUGCUUUUCUUGUUGUGGGCGAUGUCUAUCGUAGAGACACGGUGGAUGCUAGCCAUUAUCCAGUUUUCCAUCAGAUGGAAGGAGUCAGACUUUUUUCGAAACAGGAACUCUUUAGUCAUGUGGAAGACACAUCAAAAGUGACAUUUUUUGAGGAGGGUACAAGAAAUCCCUCCAAACAAGAACGACACACUGUAGAGACCUCCUUCUGUUUAGAACAGGAUCUCAAGGAUACACUGAGGAAUCUGGCUAAUCAUCUUUUUGGGGAUGAUGUGGAGAUGCAGUGGGUUGAUGCUUACUUCCCCUUUACACACCCAUCCUGGGAACUGGAGAUAAAAUACCAAGGGGAGUGGUUAGAAGUGCUGGGAUGUGGACUUAUAGAACAAGAUAUUCUAACGGCUGCUGGAGCGGAUAGUAAAGUAGGCUGGGCCUUUGGCCUCGGGCUGGAGAGACUAGCGAUGAGAUUAUAUAGUAUUUCAGACAUUAGACUGUUCUGGAGUCAGGAUGCUAGAUUUUAUAAACAGUUUGAUGUUGAUGACCCAGACACAAAAAUUACUUUUAAGCCCUUCAGUAAGCAAUCACCAUGUAUUAAUGAUGUUUCAUUUUGGGUGCCUGAUGACUUUUCUGAGAACGAUUUUUACGAUAUUGUGAGGAGUGUUGGCAGUGAUCUUGUAGAAAGUGUAGAACUCUUUGACGAUUUUGUUCAUCCAAAAACAAAGCGGCGUAGUAAGGCCUAUCAUAUUACGUACCGCCACAUGGAGCGAAGUCUGACUCAGGAGGAAGUGAACGACAUUCACGCGAACAUCCUGGAGGAAGCUGUCACGCAACUGGGCAUCCAGAUCCGAUAACGUUAACAAGAUGUACGUGUAAACAUAUUGGACAAAGUAUUAGCUGCAGUUUUGUAGCUCAUAUUGUUCUGAAAAAUUUGGAAGGACAAUAAUUUUGAUCUUUCAUACCAGUGAGCUACAGACCUGCUGCCAUCAAAGUACCUGCACAUGUUCAAGGUUUUGGUUUUAUGCACCCUUUUACAUCGAGAUCAAUUACCGGUAGAAAGGUACAGCACAAUGUUGAAAUAUUAAACCAGGAGGAAGGAUUUUUUUUUUAUUUUUUUUUUUACAUUUUUGUUACAUGUUCAGUGUGAUGAAAUUGUAAUACAUGUACUUAUUUCCACCUCACCAUGAUUACACCAGUUCUGUAUUAAUAAUUGCUUGUCUUUUUUAAAUGGUGUACAUGUAUUUGAAAUAAUCAUCUGAAUCUGGAACUGUGAUAAUUCUGUAAAUCACAUUUACAACUUGAUCAUUAAUAAAUAUCAUUUUUAAGGAGAA